AUGAAGUCAAGAAAUUCCUACGUAAUCAGAAGUAGUGUUCCUCCCGCCAGUUCUGUGAUUCUCUUAAUCCUUCGAGUGGUUUUAAUCGAAUUUGGCGAACUGUAUGGUCGUUGGCCUCUCGUUGUAACUCCAAGAAGACUGGAGUGGUUACUGAUAACCAACUCCUUUGAGAUCAGGAAGCUGCAGGGGGCUCUUGUGUCCUCCCACAUUGCUCCUGCCGUGGUUCUCCCUACUGAGGAAAUUAACCCCUUCGUUGACAGAGAGAAUUCGACAAAAGUUUGGAUCCAAUGUGGCGGACGAAAAUACAAAAAACGAUAUUAUAGAACAACAGAUUCACCACCGAUAGUGACAUCAGAUAAAUAUGCAGAAAAAUCUGAAAAUGCAGCGGCGCGUUUCUGGGCUGAGAUUUUUGGAACAGCUCAUAUCGCUUUCGGAUUUGUGAUCGCUUUCAUACUUCAACUUCUUCGUUUCCUACUCUAUAGUAUGGUGAGACCACUAACAGUUGGAAUUCUUCAGAUACUUGCGGAUUACUUUAUUAAGCCCUUCUUGUCAAUCGUCUUCAACGCCCUGAUACAGCCAUUUUUAAUUCUUUUGUACAACAUGGCCACUUCGCUCAGAGAUCUCUGUGAACCGAUAGCAGAAGCCUUAGGCUUUUUUUUCAAAGAAGCGGCAAACGUUCUUAAAGCCUGCAGAGUCGUCGAAAUUAAUCAAAACCCUCAAGAAAUGGAUAAGAAAGUUAUAAACUGUUCAUGAUGUACAUAUAAUAAAGGAAAGUAGGAAUAUCUUUUAAAUUGAAGACCCGAAUGUCUUCAAAUACUUUGAAUUAGAGUUCUUAGAGAAAGAAUAGCAAACGCUUAAAACAGACUUUUAGAGAAGGAAGAAACAAUGGUCAAAGUUAAAGUAAAAGAAAUUAAAUUUGAAUUUGGUUAAAAUAUAUUUUUGUUAAAACAUUUAAAAAAUAGGCCGUAGCUACUACUCGUCCAGAUUUUCGGAUGUAUAGUGAAAAUCCUAAAAAUCUGUACAACUAGACACUUCGACAAGUAUGAGCCAUACAUACAUUAGACGAUUGCACCGCCGGGAAACGCCGUCGCCGGUCAUCUUGCUUCAAACCCGCACCGCCGCUGAUUCGAAUUCAGCGCCGUUGGCGCGGCGGCGUAUUGGCGCACCGACGUAAUCGUAGGUAAAUUUACAUGGUAACGGACAUCUUCCCGCCGGAUGAUCCGGUGGCUUUCGAUUGGUUGCGGAAAUUCCGGUGAC